AGCACGUGGUGAAGAAGUCCUUUAUAAACCUCUUCUCUUUGGUGAUGCUAUCUCCUGGCCAGCGCUUGCUUAGAGGGACAGAAGAUCAGAUAUUUGUUUUCAUCGGAAGGGGAUGGAGAAACGCUUAAAUAGUCUGAUCGAGUAGGCUACGAAGAGAGACGAAAAAUUCUCAUGUGUUCCGGUAUAUUAUUUCUUUAGGAUACGACUAGGCAUUGCCUCCUGUGCUAUAGUCGAUGAACUUUGAAUUUUUCAUUUUCAACACGUUAGUGUCCGGCGUUAGUUUGACAGGCAGAGUGGUGUUGGGAUAGGGUUGGUGCGAUCAGAGUAGCUAUGCAAGUCUUAACUGCAGAGCGCAACAGGCAGACUCGCCGAAGUUAGAAAAACCUUUCAGUUCGCUGAUGUGGUGAAGGUGAGCGCGAACCCUCAGGCAACGAUUCAGAGCUAUUAAACUGCGGAUUGCCGAACAGCUCGCAUUUGUGUGGCUUUCAGGCUUUACAGAGUUUUGUUGGAAUUCAGAGCCAGUAUUUCGAGAUUCUGCGUUUGCUACUUUUUACCUUGAAUUUUGUAUGCCUUUGACUAUUAAUGUGAAGCGUGCUUAUUAGACUAGCUAUAAACGCAGUGGGUGUCUGGAAUGUAGAUCAAAUCUGGUCUGUCUGUUCUGCUUGGAUAACGGAUUUUGCAGCUCGCGUUAAUUUAUUUCAGGUUGGCUAUGUGAACGUAUUUUCAAGUAUUGCCUAACUCAAAAUUGACGUUGUAAAACUGAACGGGCAAGUAGCUACUAGACUCGAAUAGACUAGCAUUGAAAAAUAAUUACUUAGCCUUUCCAAAUAUAAAUAGGUCUAUAUUCAAUCUACAGUUAUAGCCAAAUUAUCGAAAAUAACAUUUGUUGUACAACACUGAUUUGCAGAAAUGCAUGUGUUAAUAUUAUUUAACUAGCAUAUCCUACGCCAUAUGUUCAAACUAUUAACUGCUUCUGCCGAGUAGUAAUUCAAAUCCCAUAGUUUCGGAAUUUAUUUUAAAGAUGAAUUUAUACUUUUUGAGCCUCUUCCUGACCUUGGACUUGGCGACAGUGGCUUCGGGUCUGUCUACAUGCAGCACAUUAAACAUGGACCAGUUUAUGAAGAAGCGCAUCGAAGCUAUCCGUGGGCAGAUCCUGAGCAAACUUAAGCUUACCAACCCCCCGGAACACUUUACCGAGCGUGAGGACGUGUCGCGGGAGAUCAUCGCGAUCUACAACAGCACGCGCGACCUGCUGCAAGAGAAAGCAAACGAACGAGCGGCGACAUGUGAGCGACAGCAGAGCGAAGAGGAGUACUAUGCCAAGGAGGUGCACCGAAUCGACAUGCAGCCAUUUCACCCCUCCGAAAAUGUAAUCUCCCCGACGCACUACAACCCCUACUUCAGACGGCUCACCUUCGACGUGUCACCCAUGGAGAAGAACGCUUCCAACCUGGUGAAGGCGGAGCUGCGCGUCUUCCGCCUGCAGAACUCUGAAGCCCGCGUCUCUGAACAGCGCAUCGAGCUCUACCAGAUUCUGAGUCACAAAGACCUGGCCUCUCCAACGCAACGCUACAUCGACAGCAAGGUGGUGCGCACUCACACAGAGGGCGAGUGGCUGUCCUUUGACGUGACAGAGGCUGUCAGCGAAUGGCUGCUCCACAGAGACAGAAACAACGGAUUCAAGAUCAGCUUGCACUGCCCCUGCUGCACUUUCGUCCCAUCAAAUAACUAUAUCAUACCCAACAAGAGCGAAGUGCUGGAGGCCAAGUUUGCAGGUAUAGACGAUGGCUUCGUGAAUGGCGGAGACGUGAAGCUGUCUAAGAAGCGUCGGCCGACUGGGCAGAACCCCCACCUGCUGCUAAUGCUGCUGCCCUCCUACCGCCUGGAGUCAGAGCACAAGAGCCACCGCCAGAAACGCGCCCUGGACUCCGCCUUCUGCUCCAGGAACAUGCAGGAGUCCUGCUGCUUGCGCUCCCUCUACAUCGACUUCCGCAAGGACCUGGGCUGGCGCUGGAUCCACGAGCCCAGAGGUUACCAAGCCAACUUCUGCGCGGGAGCCUGUCCCUACCUGUGGAGUGCCGACACACAGCACAGCAAGGUUCUGGGUCUGUAUAACACCAUUAACCCUGAGGCCUCAGCCUCCCCCUGCUGUGUGUCCCAGGACCUGGAGCCCCUCACCAUCCUCUACUACAUUGGCAAGAGCCCAAAAAUUGAGCAGCUCUCCAACAUGAUCGUCAAGUCCUGCAAGUGCAGCUAAGACCAAACAUAACACAGACACACACACACACACACACAAACCCAUAAGCAUGACCUCUCAGUCCCAAAUUUACGCACACAUACAUAAGCACAAUCUCUCUCUCGCUCUUUAACACUCCCUGUCACAGACACACUCUCUCAGACACACACACAUGCGCAUACACAUACACACAAGCAGUUUGAUCUUUGUUUGUCCCUCACACACACACAUGCCCACACCUGUUUCUGUCAUGAACACGCGCACCCACACACUUACAUACAUAACCUAAGCAUGAUACUCUUUAUCCCACUCACAUAUACACCACACACACAUGCCCACAUCUGUUUCUGUCAUGAACACGCACACCCACACACUUACAUACAUAACCUAAGCAUGAUACUCUCUAUCCCAGACAUUGACACACAAGCAUGAUGUGUCUCUAUUCCAUACACACACACACUUCCACACACGCAUACACACAUGCACACACACACUGACUCACACACUUCCACUCACACACACACAUACACACACUUACACACACACACACACAUACACACACACACUCACACUUACACAAACACACACACAUACACACUCACACACGUACACACACACACACACUGUGGAGGUGGCUGUGAAAAGGCUCUGUUGGCACCCCUCACCUCACACACUCAUCGCGCCACAAGAGAAGUUUGGAAAACACUGGAAGAGUAUAAUAAUAUAAGAAAAAUAAGUAUGAAUAUGUGAAAUCAGGAGAUGGAGGAUGGUCCCCUGGUCUCAAUGUCCAAAUCAAGCCAGUUCUUCUGGUACUGUUGUCUUGCAUCUUUGAAACUUUUAUAAUUUUACAUGUUUUUUUAAAUACUUGUGAUAUUAUUUAAAACGUGUGGCUUGCACUGGCAGCAGAGGGCUGUGUGUUUACAGCCUGCUCCAUGAUAAUAACUCUUAUAAAAGUCACUGCAAAGAGGAACAGAGAGUCAAGAAACUGACAAACAGAUGCAGAGACACAUCAUGAGCUAAAAAAGACAUACACACAGAUUGAAAGAAACAGAUAGAGAUAUUGUCUUCAAGGCUGUGCUGUACUCUAUGUCUGCUGUCUAAGGGACUGGGUCUGUGUGACUGCUAAUCUGACUUAGACUUUUAUGUGCAGCGGGAAUGAGUUUCCCUGUUUGCUCUCUACAAGUAAAAUAUUAGUUGUGUAGUUUUGUUCUGGACUUGUCUAUUAUAAACAUCAAGAAUCCAGUCAGACAUAUCCAGUCACACCCAGACUAAGUUAGAGACACCUGGCCCAACCUUGGUGUCUCUCAACCAUGGUCACAUCCAGACAUGGUCCGCAGCACCAGACCACGUGAAGACUUAGUGAGACUCACUCAGUCAGGCACUCCCAUUUAGGCCGAGACUGAGUCAGAAACAGUCAGUCAGGAUUAGACUUUGUGAGAAACAGUCAGUCAGGACUACACUUGAUUAGACCCACUCAGUUAGGAUUAGACUCAAUCAGAAACAAUCAGUCAUGAUUAGAGUCAACUAGAAACACUCAGUCAUGACUAGAAUCAGUCAGAAACACUCAGUCAGGAUUAGACCCAGUCAGAAACACUCAGGCCCAGACUCGGUCAGAUAGCCAGGCCCAGACUUUACCAGUCCUGUCCAAAGACUGGCUGCGGGCCCAAAACCUGACAGUAGAAUUUAGCUCUAGUUUUUUGCAUGUUGGGUCAUUACACAACCUCCCAACGAUGGUUGAGCAGCCCAGUAAUGAGUUUCAGCCCUUCAUGAACACGCAGGGAAUAAGCGGAAACUAUAAAUAUUAAUGUAAAUAUGAAAAGGAUUUCCUGGUUCAACUUAGGUAUAUGCUACAGCUAAAUGUUUUUAUUGUGUUGUUUUGUUUUGUUUAUAUAUGCAAGCUCUAGAAACAUUGAGCAUGUGGUUAAUGUGCUAUGCCUGAAGGGGGUCUGGGCCAUUGUUCUAGAAGGCUCCUUCUUUAGCACACGAACAGGAUGCCAGUGUGCGUACUGCACAUGGACAGGUAGUGAUGUAAUGCACUUUGUGCAAAGAGUGUGAUGUUGCAGUGCAUAAAGCACAGGUACACAGGGCAGUGGAGUGAUGUGCGGACGGGUUGCCAGCAGGAAAGAGGUUUUCUACCCACACCUUUUGGAGCUCUGUUCUGGAUGGACAGCCCAGUGGACAGCCAUGUUAGGUCGCACACCUCUCCAUUGUUCAAAACCUUCAUUUAUCCGUGUUGUUUUUUUCUGAUGAGGAGUAAAAUAUUUUCAUCCCAAGAAUUGCACUGAUAGUACUUCCCCCCCCCCCUUUUUGUAUGUCAUUAUUUUAUCCCCCUCAUAGCUGUCUUUUUCCCUUAGUGCAGGAAGGGUGAUGGUGUGAACACAGAGGAGGGUAGCACCAGCGUGCUCAUGUCAUAGCUGCUGCUGAUGUUGUCAUUGUCCUUGUCAUUGUCGCGGAUGUCGACCCGUCAUGAUGAAAUGUAACGUUUUUUUUUGUUGCGGUGCUCUAGUGAUAAAUAAAUUA